UUCGUUUAGGGCGGAGGGAAGGAAGGGAGGAAGUGUGGACGCGAGGGAGCGAGAGCGAGAGGGAGUGAGUGAGGGAUGGAGGGGGAGAGGGCGUUUCCCCAUCGAUCAUCGUGCAUGCACCAUCCCCGUCUCUCCUCUUCUCCUCUCUCGUGCCGAUUCUAAUUCUCCACCAUGUUCAACCCCUUCAUCAGGGGUGUACAACAGCAGCAACAAGGACAACCAUCUCCUCCAUCUCAGAGCUGGUACCCGCCCUUCGAUGCGGUUCCAGCUAACAGUGGACCGUCACGCUUGCCACCACCUCCUCCAAAUUUUGGAGCUUAUCCAUCUGGAAUCAAUCCUCUUGCCCGACACCCUAUUACUGAUGCACGCUCAUCUUUAGGAGGCUAUUUUUCAAGUCCUGCAUCAUACUCUGGAGCUUAUCCACCACCAACUAGUACAUCCGUCCCAUCUUCAGGAACACACUCUUCAUAUGCAGGCGCUUAUAGCUCUGUGGCAAGCUUGAAAGACAAGAGUUCAGAAGAGCUAGCCAGAUUGCUUAAUGACAGAGAUGCAUACGAUGCGUUUCUCCACUCUCUUGAUGAAGUGAAACGCCUGGAUACGAUCAACGCUGAACUGAAGAAGUCCAUUGUAGAUGAAUCAAAGAACAAUUUGGUUAAGGAAUCAGAAAUUGCUGAACUUCGAACUCAGUGCAUGAUCAUAAGGAAUACAGAGCUUGCUGCUAGUCGAGAAAGGUUUGAGGAACUUGAUAACCGGUAUAAGGAGGUGCAAGCCAAUUGCUCGCCUUCUGCACUGCUGCACAAACUUAAAGAUGCUGUAAGUAAAGUUGAUGAAGAUUCUGAGAAUUUGCAUUAUAAAUUUCUGGCCGGAGAAAUUGAACUUGUUGAGUUUAUUCAAAAGUAUCGUCAGCAUCGUCUUCUCUAUCAUAGACGCUCAUUGAUCCGCCUGGCAGCACUCUCCUCCUCGACUACUCCUGGGUAGUGCCAGCUAUAGCGAAAUUUUAGUCUACCCAUUUAUGUAUUAGUUGUACAGUGGAUUUAUGAGUCCCACAUUAGGUGAAUGAUGUUGAUUCAGGUUUUCUUUUCACAAUGAUUGUCGAUCGGUUCCCAACGGAUACUAGAAGACAACGACAUUGCUAAUGUUUGGGACGUGUGGCAAACGAUUUCAGAAUAAUAUAUCUGCUUCUUCUUACCUAAAUGAACUUCAUUUCAGGUUCAGUUAACCUGGCGGAAUUUCAGUA